AUGUUAUAUUAUGUAUUUUAUUUAUUGAUAAUUAGUUUAUGUCUUUGGUCAUCUAAUAGUGGUGAGACUUCUGGGGUCCCUGAGGGUAUUAACUUAGACAGUUCUAUGCUUGAGGGUCUUAAUUCUGAAGGACUUGGAGAUUUGGGUAAUUUAGGUAAUAUUGGAGGUAUGGGAGGUAUGGGAGGAAUGGGGGAUAUGGGGGAUAUGGGGGAUAUGGACAAUGUUAUAGUUGAUGAAGCUUCCCCAGCUCCAGCUCCAGGUUUAAGUACUGAUGAAGAGCUCUUAAUUCAGAAAUCUAGUGAAAGUUAUGAAUUCCAAGCUGAGGUGUCACGUCUGAUGGAUAUUAUUAUUAAUUCCUUGUAUUCUCAGAAGGAUGUCUUCUUGAGAGAGUUACUAUCUAACUCUGCAGAUGCACUAGAGAAGGCUAGAUUUACUUCUGUUACUGAUAAAAGUUUUCUUGGAAAUAAGACUGAAUUGGAAAUUCGAAUAUCAUAUGAUGUGAACAAACGUACAAUUUCUAUUACUGAUACUGGUGUUGGUAUGACCCGUCAUGAUUUAGUUACUAAUUUAGGUACAGUUGCAAAAUCUGGAACAGCGAACUUUUUGGAAUCUCUAGCUAAGGGAGGAGAUUUGAAUCUUAUUGGACAAUUUGGUGUAGGAUUCUAUGCUUCGUUUUUGGUAGCUGAUAGAGUGACAGUUAUAUCUAAGAGUAAUGAAGAUGAGCAAUAUGUAUGGGAGUCAAAUGCCGAUGUUUCAUUCAGAAUUAGUCUAGAUCCUCGUGGCAAUACUCUUGGUAGAGGUACUUCAAUUAUUUUGACUCUUAAGGAGGAUUCUACAGAAUUUCUAAGUUUCUCUAAACUUAAGGAACUAGCUUUAAGAUAUUCACAGUUUACUAGUUUUCCAAUCUAUAUAUAUAAUCCUGAGGCUCCAAAAAAGGAAAAAUCUGAAAACUCAUCAGAAUCUUCUGAAUCUGAGGUAUCCAAAGGACGUUGGGAAUUAGUUAAUGUUGAGAAGGCUAUAUGGUUACGCCCCAAGGAAGAUAUUACUUCUGAGGAAUAUACAGCAUUUUAUAAGAGCAUUACACAUGAUUAUAUGGAGCCUAUGCGUCAUUUACACUUUUCAGCAGAGGGUGAAAUAGAAUUUAAGGCUUUACUAUAUAUACCAUCACACCCCCCUCAUGAUAUGUUUGAUGCUUAUAUGGGUAAAUCUGGAAAUAUUAAGUUAUAUGUUAGAAGAGUUCUCAUUACUGACAAAGUAGAGGACUUACUUCCAAAAUAUUUAAAUUUUAUUAAGGGAGUUGUUGAUAGCGAUGAUAUUAGUUUAAAUGUUGCUAGAGAACAUGUACAACAAAGUCGAAUUAUUAGAGUCAUUAGUAAGAAGAUUGUUCGUAAGAUUUUGGAUAUGAUUAAACAAAUUCAAACAGAACAGAUAAAGGCAGAGAAGACUCAAGAGACUCAGGAAUUAAGUAGUGAAACAGAUGAGUCUGAGGAGUCUAAAGAAGAGAAGGAGAAGUUUAAGAAGCUAUUAACUAGUUAUGAUAAGUUCUAUGAUAUGUUCCAUAAGAAUCUGAAACUUGGUUGUUAUGAUGAUGAGUCCAAUCGUUCUAAAAUAGUGAAAUUACUUAAGUUCCACUCUUCAAAGAGCAUUGAUAAAACAAUUUUCUUAUCUCAAUAUAUUGAACGUAUGAAACCUGAUCAAAAGACUAUUUACUACAUAUCUGGUGAUUCACCUUCUGCAUUAUUAAAGAAUCCCUUGGUUUCUGUAUUUUUGAAGCACGAUGUUGAAGUAAUAUUCCUAACUGAAGGAGUAGAUGAACCUUGUAUUGCUAGAGUUCCUGAAUUGGAAGGCUUUAAACUAUCAAGUAUUGAGAAGAAUGAAGUCCGUCCCUUCGAUGAAACUGAAGAUGAAAAGACUUAUCAUGAACGUCUUACCAAGCAUUUUGAACCUUUACUUAAAUUUCUCAAGGAUUCACUUUCACCAGAUGUACUCAAAGUUGAAGUUUCCAAGCGCUUAGUUCAUGAUCCUGCUGUUUUGACAGCUGGACCAUGGGGGCAAUCUGCCUUUAUGCAGAAAAUACAAAAGGCUCAAACAUUUGCUGAUAAUAGAAAUGUGAAUGUUAAGAAUCGUCAUAUGGAGAUAAAUCCCCAUCAUAUCUUAGUACAGAAGUUAUUGAGUCUUGUACAAUCAGAUAAUACUGAUGAAGCAAAAUCUUUAGCUAGAACUAUUCAUAACCUUGCCACUAUUGCUUCAGGGUUUGAAUUGGAUAAUCCAAAUGAAUUUGCUUCUAAUAUGUAUAAACUUGUCCUUACCUCAUCUGGUUUAAAUCAUGAUGAGCAGAUUAAUCACUUGGACUUACCAGCAAUUGAAGGUAGUAGUGACAGCACAGAGAGUGGUAAAGAUGUAGAUGAUGAAGCUGAUGAUGAAGCUGAUGAUGAAGCUGAUGAUGAAGCUGAUGAAGUUGACAAUCAAGUUGAUGAAUCAAAACGUGAUGAGCUUUAA